CCCUAAUUAAAAACCCAAAUUUCACGAUUAAACAAAUUUAAACCCCAAUCUCAUUAGCAAAUCGCCGUAACUUCCAAAAAGGAAAUAUCUUUCAUUCUUUCUCAUCUCCGUCCGCCUCCUUUUUAGUCUGUGCUAGCUAUAAGGCAUAAGCCCAUCUCUCAAAAUCUUACCCCGGAACCCAAUAUAAUAUUCAGUUCAAAUCUGUUUCAAUCGCACUUGUAUCCUUUCAUCUGAGUUUUCAUUGAUUUUGGAUUUUGAUUGAAAAACUCCUAAAUACCAUCGAACCGUUUUUACGAUCAUCAUCGAGAAUGAGGAAGAGGGAGAGAGAAAACCCAUGUGGGAUUUGUGGACACUACCACAAAUACGAAGAGGGAGAAGUUUGUGGGAUUUGUGGCCACCGUAUGCCGGUCGGCCCUGAAAAAACUCUGAUUCAAGUUAGCGCUUUUCCAUCGGAAAUCUUGCCGGAGUUGCUUUAUCUUGGUAGCUACGACAACGCUUCUCGUUCGGAACUUCUCAAAACGCUCGGGAUUUCUCGCGUUCUUAAUACUGUUCCAGCUUGUCAGAAUCUGUACAAAAAUUCGUUUACUUAUCAUUGUCUUCCAGAUAGCCCAACCAUUGCAUUUGAUGAUGCAGUUGCUUUUCUAGAUCAAUGUGAAAAGGAUAAAGCUCGUGUUCUUGUCCACUGCAUGUCAGGAAAAAACAGGUCACCUGCUGUUGUUAUGGCAUACUUAAUGAAGAGCAGAAGGUGGACUCUUGACCAGAGCUACCAAUGGGUCAAAGAACGCAGACCGUCUGUUGACUUACUUCCAGCUGUUUUGCAGCAACUACAAGAGUACGCGCAGAAGAUUCAGGCGGUUGUGGAGGGCGGUGUUGUUGCUCUGCCGCCAAUCUCAGGUGGUGGUGCCGCCCCUUUCAGUUUUGGGUUUACAAAUCCAGGCAACAUUCCUCCGGCCUUUCCGGCAUUCAACACCGCUGCAACCGCCUCCAUUUUUGCCCGUGCAGACAUUCCUCCACCAAAUGAGUUCACUUUUGGAGCUGCUGCUGUUGAGAAUACGCCUCCACAAAAUCUAGGGCCAACUUCUGUGAAUCCAAAUGCUACUGACGUGUCAAUGGAUGGAUCUUGAAAUUGUUUUUUUUUUUUUGUUUUUUUUUU